AUGUCAGCAGAACCUCAAGCCUCUGAUUUCAAGCCUAUAACUUUUGAAGCCAAACCUAAUCCAGAAUUAAUUAUCAAAUCCGUGUUAGAGCAUUUCACAUACUUGAAAUUCCGAAAUAAAAAGGGAAACACAGUUUCCAUAAGUGAAAAGUCCGAAAUUGCAACAACUUUUUACGAAGAACUUAAAUUCUGCCACGACCAACGUAACCAAGCAGAGCAAGCGUUUAGAGACACGGUCGAAUGCCUUUUAAAACAUCAUGACAAGAAAGUAAAAAAAUACGUGAAACAUCUGAAGGGCGAUGAUUGUCAGUUCCUUACUUUCCAAGAGUGUAAUCAAUACUGGACAAGGCUUGCAACUGAACACUAUAGAGAGGAAGGGAAUCUUUAUCAACUACAACAUAGAGCCAAUGCAGAAAAGAGAGUUAUGGAAUUUGAUACCAAAAUUGGGCAAAAGUGGGUAGAUGAAGACGCCGUGAAGCCAGUCCUCUGGAAAAAUAUUCAGAUUACGACAAUGUCAAAAGUAGAGGAUGAUGUAGGAGACGACGAAAGCGAAAGUGAAAGUGAUAACGACUAUGAUGAAACUGGCAAUAAAUCUGACAAGAAUGACAUAGAAAUAGAGUGUGAAAGCGAAAGCGAUGAUGAUACAACUGAUGAUGAAUUCGACGAGAGUUAUUGCACAGCUGAAAUCAUCAAUAUUUCCGAUCAUGAGGCAGUAUAUCAACAUGGUGAACUAAAGAAAUGGGUGCUUGAAAAUCGACGUAACGUAGAAAGUACUAUGAAGUUUAUUAAAGAGAAAAAAGUUGACUUAGAUCCAAAGGAUGCUUCGUUCGUAAAAAGAAUUUUGGAUACAUGGGCUUAUAAGUGGAAAUCAGAAUUCAACGAAACCAUGAGCGAGUCAACGUAUACAGCAACAUGGAUUGCGCCAGAUUUCGAAAUUUUGAAAAACAAAGACCCCGGCUUAUUUAAUAGCUCAUGGUGUGAAAUGAUCCAUCCAUCAUCAAAAUGGCGAAGACAGAACGUAUAUAAGUCAAAUAAGAAGACCGGUAGGAAAUGUGACGGUAUAAUUUUCAUAAAAAGUAGCACAAUAGAAAGAUUAGUGUUCGAAAAUGUUUGCUCUCCGAAAAAGGAGAAACAUCUGAAGUAUUACAAAGAUUUAAACAAGUCAUUUCGUAAUGCAAUCGAUACUCUGUGCAAAAGAUUUUGGACAAAUAGACAAGGAGAUGUGGAAAUCUGCAGGAAAUAUAACAUUAGUGUUGACUUACUUUCUAACUAUAAACUAGAAAAUCAAGGUGAACUCUGGAGGAUAUGCUUGGCCGGCAAGGACAAAUUUCUUGCUGAAAGAAUUUACAAGUUGGAAAUACCUUGGAAAUUCGAAGAUGACUGGACGAAAUUAGCGGAUGUUUGUAAAAUGUUGUUACUAAUAGAA